CACAAGGGUCAACAACAACAACCUGCGUGAGCUGCAAAUCAGCUAUUGGUGUGGCCACCAAGACCUGCAAAUUUUGCCAGUCAGUACAGCCAAGAAAGCAAAGACUGGCAAAAAAAACCUCAGAAAUUUGAGGCCAGAAAGGAGACAUGGUUGAAAAACAAAAACAAAAACCAAACCACCUCUCAUGUUAUUGAUGAGGCAUCUGUCUUGGUGGAAAAGCUAAACACAUUGGGGUACAAGGCCAUAGUCUUCAUUGGAAAGAAAAUGAAGAAGCAGAAAACCUGGUCCGCACAAGUCCUCCAGCCAAAAUGGCAGCUGUCAGACCAUUCUGAAAAAUGCCUUGACAGGAUGAAGGCUCUCUAUGAACUGUUAAUUAAUGGUUGUACUAACCAGGAGCCCACCACCAGACCUCCUCCCAUCCAGCCCACCACCACUCCUCCCAUCCAAUCCACCAUCCAGCCCACCACCAGGCCUCCUCCCAUCCAGUCCACCCCCAGUCCUCCUCUCAUCCAGUCCACCAUCCAGUCCACCACCAGGCCUCCCCCCAUCCAGUCCACCCCCAGUCCUCCUCUCAUCCAGUCCACCAUCCAGUCCACCACCAGGCCUCCUCCCAUCCAGUCCACCCCCAGUCCUCCUCUCAUCCAGUCCACCAUCCAGUCCACCACCAGUCCUCGUCCCAUCCAGCCCACCACCAGGCCUCCUCCCAUCCAGUCCACCCCCAGUCCUACUCUCAUCCAGUCCACCAUCCAGUCCACCACCAGGCCUCCUCCCAUCCAGUCCACCCCCAGUCCUCCUCUCAUCCAGUCCACCAUCCAGUCCACCACCAGGCCUCCCCCCAUCCAGUCCACCCCCAGUCCUCCUCUCAUCCAGUCCACCAUCCAGUCCACCACCAGGCCUCCUCCCAUCCAGUCCACCCCCAGUCCUCCUCUCAUCCAGUCCACCAUCCAGUCCACCACCAGGCCUCCCCCAUCCAGUCCACCCCCAGUCCUCCUCUCAUCCAGUCCACCAUCCAGUCCACCACCAGGCCUCCUCCCAUCCAGUCCACCCCCAGUCCUCCUCUCAUCCAGUCCACCAUCCAUCCACCAUCCAGUCCACCACCAGGCCUCCCCCAUCCAGUCCACCCCCAGUCCUCCUCUCAUCCAGUCCACCAUCCAGUCCACCACCAGGCCUCCUCCCAUCCAGUCCAACCCCAGUCCUCCUCUCAUCCAGUCCACCAUCCUGUCCACCACCAGGCCUCCUCCCAUCCAGUCCACCCCCAGUCCUACUCUCAUCCAGUCCACCAUCCAGUCCACCACCAGGCCUCCUCCCAUCCAGUCCACCCCCAGUCCUCCUCUCAUCCAGUCCACCACCAGGCCUCCUCCCAUCCAGUCCAACCCCAGUCCUCCUCUCAUCCAGUCCACCAUCCAGUCCACCACCAGGCCUCCUCCCAUCCAGUCCACCCCCAGUCCUCCUCUCAUCCAGUCCACCACCAGUCCUCCUCCCAUCCAGCCCACCACCAGGCCUCCUCCCAUCCUUCCCAUCACUGAACCACUUCAGCAGAAACGCGAUAUGUCUGCAAAAAAUAAAAAGAAGCAGAAGAAUUCUGCAGCCUCAGAGAUGUCUACAAGGAAGAAACUGAGGGGGAAAAAAUCACCCAAAGAAUGUAACCAUGAGAUCCUAGAAGGGGAACCUUACUACCCAGUGAAGAGGGUGAUCCGCUGCAAAAUACAGAAGGGGAUCCAAAUGAAGUUGGUGGAAUAGGAGCCCUGUUCACUCUGUGGGAAAACUUGGCCGCCACAGUGGGUGACAGAGGAGAACACCACGAAUUAAGGAAAUGUUCAAUCCCAUUGUUUUGUUCCAUAAGCUAUGUGUAUGUUGUUAUACAGUAUAUUAAAACAAAUUCAAAAGCC